CCGAGGUAAUCGGACCACACGAGAAAAAAGUUUUGUACAAAGAUAUGUAGACAAACGAGCGCAGUUGAUUUCACCGAGGUUUUCUUUGCCAAAGUCAUUUUGUUUGUAUUGGUUAUUGUAUAAAAGACAAGUGCAGGGGUUUAACCGACGAGCACAUAAGGAAAGGACGGUGGCGCUUCAGGGAAGAGGUGCCGUGAGAAAGAUUUCUAUCUCUCUCACACAAUCACAGCCGCACCCGAGUCGCUUCUAACAGCAUUUCGAUCUACCUUCUCUGCAAUAGCAUGGCCAGAUCUAGUAAAGCGACUUUAGCGUUGCUCAUCUACGGAAUCAUGAUGCACUACAGCGCCUAUUGCACGCCUAUUGGGAUGACUUUUCCCAAGAUGAGACUAGAGAAUGAUGCAUUUGACGAAGACGGAAACCCGUUUAGCGACCUGGCUUUUGGCACUGAUCAAAUUGCUAUACGAAGUCCUCCAUCUCUCACGGAUGACAGUUACACGCUAUACUAUCCACUAGAGAAAAGAACGGAAAGGCAUGCAGAUGGAUUAUUAGAUAGAGCCUUGAGGGACAUCCUGGUUCAGUUAUCAGCACGAAAAUAUCUGCAUUCUCUGAUGGCAGUUCAUGUAGGCGGAGGAAGCAGCGAGGAAGACGAAUCGGAACCGUUAUCAAAAAGGCACUCGGAUGGAAUCUUCACCGAUAUUUACAGUCGCUACCGAAAACAGAUGGCCGUCAAGAAGUAUUUAGCAGCGGUCCUGGGACGAAGGUACAGACAGAGAGUUAAAAACAAAGGACGCCGAUUUGCUUAUUUGUAGCGCUGACAAAACUGCUCCCAACUGUCCUCCCAUGUGUACAUUCAAUCCUAAGAUCAAAGUCAUUCUGAUAUUUAACUGAUUAAUCAGUGGAUCACGCCUGUGUUCUUUAAACAUGUAUUUAUGUAUGAAGUAAAGCCAUUAAAAUGAAUAUUUUACUAAUAACAUUGUUUUUCUUUUUGUACAAAAGCACUUGAAACCGCACAGUUAUACUUUGUGGACCAACCGUUUAGUUUCAUGUAUAUAGCUAUAUGUGUUGAAAACAAAAGAUAACAAAAAUCAUCAGGAGAAAGAAAAAAGAAGGAAAAAAAUGUGCACCUUGAACAUUUGCCUGAUAUCUUUUCAAAUUCAUCAUCAUAUGCAGAAAAUAAAUAGAUUUUAAAAAGACAAUCACAGUGCUGAAUGUUAUACUUAUUUUUGUAAUCUGCUAAAAAAAAAGAAAAGAGUCCAAAGUCUGGCCAGGGAUGUAAAAGGGGAGUUGGAGGAUAUAUAGUGGCUGGCAUGAUUCCCUCUUUCUUAGCCCACUCAUUUGAAAUGUACUUCAAAUCAUCUUGUCUUAACCAGAUGGAAUGUGAUUGUCUCACCUGUGUUUUGUGAUUGGAGCCAGUAUGCCUGAUUGAAGAAAAAAAAAAAUGACACAAGAGUAACUGUAAGGUUGAUAUAUUUUUUUCUUGGUGUCUUUUUCCCCUGUUUAAUUCAGUGAUUUAUAUCCAUUCUUCUUCUGUGCAUGCUAUACUUAAUGUAUGCAUGCAUCUCCUUUGCACUUCUUUGUUUUUCAUGCAGUUUAAUGUUUCCAUUCUGUUCCAUGCUCAAUGUGUUGGUCCUUCUAUCAGUGAUCAAAAAAGAUCUGCCUCUGAGGAAGCAGGAUGUUUUUUUUGUGUGUGAUUGACACAAGAAAAAACAAUUAGAAAUUUAAUGGAACUGAAUAAGUCCUAAUAUUCUUAAAUGCAUGCUCCAUUCUUCUUCCUAACGAUGUUCCUGCCAUGGUUCAGGAUCUGUAAUUUUGCAUGCAGCUCACCACUUUUUCCAAUCCAGUGUAUCUGCUGCAUGCAUGCUCCACUGAGCCCCUAAAAUGUGGAUUUGGAGUGUCGCUCUCUCAGUCCUUUGCAUGUUUUCAAUACCUUUGUGGAUGGCUUUGCGUCAUUUCAUAAUUGCGGUUCUUAUGUUCUCUUUGUAUUGCAGAAGCUGUGAAUGCUUUGAUAUGUGCUCUCUGCAGCUAAACUAAACCGAUAUCAGUUAUUGGCUGAAAUUAUGACAUCAUUCAAUGCCACCACAAUAUCAAAAUCUUGUGUUAAGGCUGUGUGUUAAAAUGUGCCCGUCAAGAAAUAAAAUUUGAAAUCUCUCCAUCAGUGUAAUCUACAGCAAAUGUAGUGGAUAGUACUUGUGAAAUUUUCUUCAGUGGUGGUACUGUUUUAGAGGCUAUAAACACAAUAAACAAUUGCUUAGUUCUGCAGAGAUAGGAUGAAGUAUGCUUAACAGAUUCAUCGCCUCAUAGUAGACCUAGAAAAAUAAUUUAUUACAUUAAUGCUGAUCUGUAAUUAGUGCUGAUGACUGAAGGAAUGUGAGACAGAGAGAAUGGGGAGGCCAGAAAGAACAAGGGAGGAGGUCCUUGAGAACCUCGGAGGAACCAUUGCCAUUUUCAUUAUCUUUAUAGCCAGAUUGAGCUACUGCAUGUUCAAGAUAGACUUCCUCUUGUACUGUAUGUUUAUAUAAGAGACAGACACUAGACUCAUCGUCAUUAGGUAGGGACACAAUGCAAACUCAUCUGGUGGUUUUUCUAUUCUUUGUCUUUUUCUUUCUCUGUUUUAUUAUACAUGUUUUGGUUAUGCCUGUAUUGAUUUAGUAUAUUUUUCCUGAUAUGGAAAUUAGGUCUUGUUCAUCCACAAAAACCAUUGUCCCAGGCGUGAAAUCAAUCUUUCUUCAAUUUGGCAUUGUCCCCCAGGCUUUAUGUGAGUAAGGAUGUGUCUCUGAGUGUGUUAUGCAAGGACUAUGUGUGUGUCUAUUAGGCAGGUGGCUGAGUGAAUGCAUGUGUAAGUGUGUGGACAUAAUGAUGUUAUGAAAGAUUGUGAUUAUUGGCUUAGGUGCCUUGUGACAACUUCUGAUAAAAAAAAUCGCCACUUAUAAUGGAUGGCAAUUUUAGUGGCCCUACAAUGCUGCAAACUAUUAGGUUCCAUUUGACUAACUUCAUCUUAACUUUCCCUCUCCUUUUCUUUGAAACUUGCUUCAACAAAUUAUUUAGAUAGAGCUGAAAAGCAUGGCCAGCAUAUAAUGUGAUCAAGUCUAUUACUGAACUGGUGUAAAUGGUAAAAGUAUUACGUGUCUGGAUUGUUUAAGCUGAUGAAUGUGUGUAAAUGUGGCAAGCACGUGUUUUUGUUUCACUCUACUAGUAACUAUCUCAUUGUAGCCCAACUUGAUAAAAGGCCCAUGAUGCCUACAUAGGUAUUGUGUUGUUUGUUGUUGCAUUGCUUGAGGGUUUUUUGAAAACCUGAUGGAUCCCAGGUCACAGCACAGCCUGUUGUGUACAUUUCUGAAAGCGCCGAAAGCCUUAAUGUGAAAGUUUUAUCUAUACCUGAAACAUUAUAUGUGACAAGUGAAUAUUAGCAAGUGACAUCAUCAUAUUAACACAUAUAACUCCAUAAGGGGUGACAUUUUUAAAUGUUAAAAAAAGUGUUGUAAGAUUUGUAUGAAUAAAUUUUUU